AGGAGGAAGAAGAGGAAAAAAGAGAAUAAGAAGAAAUAUCACAGGAAAAAAAAAAAACUCUUCGUUGUCUUGCCUGGGCUUUUUUUCCCCCCCUAAAAAUAACAUAUUGGAAAACUGGGAGAAGUCUCCUUGGUUUGGAAAAAAAAAAAAAAGGAAUCUUCAGCCUAGAUCACUUUCUUAUCCGGACUGGGAUAUUAAAUAUACGACACAUCCAGGAGUUUAUUGGAGCGCAGACUGAUGGCGCAAAGGUACGAUGAGCUGCCCCAUUACGGCGGGAUGGACGGAGUAGGGGUGCCUGCUUCCAUGUACGGAGACCCUCACGCGCCGCGGCCGAUCCCACCGGUUCACCACCUGAACCACGGGCCGCCGCUCCACGCCACGCAGCACUACGGCGCGCACGCCCCGCACCCCAAUGUCAUGCCGGCCAGCAUGGGAUCCGCUGUCAACGACGCCUUGAAGCGGGACAAGGACGCGAUCUAUGGGCACCCGUUGUUUCCUCUGUUAGCUCUGGUCUUUGAGAAGUGCGAGCUGGCGACCUGCACUCCCCGGGAACCCGGAGUGGCCGGCGGAGACGUCUGUUCCUCCGACUCCUUCAACGAGGACAUCGCGGUCUUCGCCAAGCAGGUUCGCGCCGAAAAGCCACUUUUUUCCUCAAAUCCAGAGCUGGACAAUUUGAUGAUACAAGCAAUACAAGUACUAAGGUUUCAUCUUUUGGAGUUAGAAAAGGUGCACGAACUGUGUGAUAACUUCUGCCACCGGUACAUUAGCUGUUUGAAGGGGAAAAUGCCUAUAGACCUCGUCAUUGAUGAAAGAGAUGGCAGCUCCAAGUCAGAUCACGAAGAACUUUCAGGCUCCUCCACAAAUCUCGCUGACCAUAAUCCUGCAUCUUGGCGAGACCACGAUGAUGCAACUUCCACCCACUCAGCAGGCACCCCAGGGCCCUCCAGUGGGGGCCAUGCAUCCCAGAGUGGAGACAACAGCAGUGAGCAAGGGGAUGGUUUAGACAACAGUGUAGCUUCACCUGGCACAGGUGACGAUGACGAUCCAGACAAGGACAAAAAACGCCAGAAGAAAAGAGGCAUUUUCCCCAAAGUAGCAACAAAUAUCAUGAGAGCAUGGCUCUUCCAGCAUCUCACACAUCCGUACCCUUCCGAAGAGCAGAAGAAACAGUUAGCUCAAGACACAGGACUUACAAUUCUCCAAGUAAACAACUGGUUUAUUAAUGCCAGAAGAAGAAUAGUACAGCCCAUGAUUGACCAGUCAAAUCGAGCAGGUUUUCUUCUUGAUCCUUCAGUGAGCCAAGGAGCAGCGUAUAGUCCAGAGGGUCAGCCCAUGGGGAGCUUUGUGUUGGAUGGUCAGCAACACAUGGGAAUCCGGCCUGCAGGUUUGCAGAGCAUGCCAGGGGAGUACGUUUCUCAGGGUGGUCCUAUGGGAAUGAGUAUGGCACAGCCAAGUUACACUCCUCCCCAGAUGACCCCACACCCUACUCAGUUAAGACAUGGACCCCCAAUGCAUUCAUAUUUGCCAAGCCAUCCCCACCACCCAGCCAUGAUGAUGCACGGAGGACCCCCUUCCCACCCUGGAAUGACUAUGUCAGCACAGAGUCCCACAAUGUUAAAUCCUGUAGAUCCCAAUGUUGGCGGACAGGUUAUGGACAUUCAUGCCCAAUAGUAUAAGGGAACUCAAGGGAAAAGGAAACACACGCAAAAACUAUUUUAAGACUUUCUGAACUUUGACCAGAUGUUGACACUCAAUAUGAAAUUCCAGACAGCUGUGAUUAUUUUUUACUUUUUGCCAUUUUUCAUCAAGCAACAGAGGACCAAUGAGACAAGAACACAAAUGUGAAAUCAUGGGCUCACUGAGACAAUUCUGUCCAUGUAAAGAUCCUCUGGAAAAAGACUCCGAGAGUUAUAACUACUGUAGUAUAAACAUAGGAACUAAGUUAAACUUGUACAUUUCUGUUGAUCACUCCGUUAUGUUGCCUCAAAUAGUUUUAGAAGAGAAAAAAAAAAUAUAUCCUUGUUUUCCACACUAUGUGUGUUGUUCCCAAAAGAAUGACUGUCUUGGUUCAUCAGUGAAUUCACUAUCCAGGAGAGACUGUGGUAUAUUUUAAACCUGUUGGGCCAAUGAAAAAAGAACCAUGCUGGAGACCAUGGUGAACGUCUGGCUGAACCUCAUCCCUCGGACUCCGGCUUCAAGAAUGUGUUUUCAUGCCCGGCCUUUGUUCCUCCAUAAUGUGUCCUUUAGUUUCAAACAGAUCUUUAUAGUUUGUGCUUCAUAAGCCAAUUCUUAUUAUUAUUUUGGGGGACUCUUCUUCAAAGAGCUUGCCAGUGAAGAUUUAAAGACAGAGCAGGAGCUUCUUCCAGGAGUUCUAAGCCUUGGCUGUGGACAAAACAGUCUUAAGUUGGGCAGCUUUCCUCAACACACAAAAAAAGUUAUUAAUGGUCAUAGCACCACAACUAGGACUUUAUCCGAGACUCAAAGCUUGGAGGAUAAAAAGGAGCAAGAGAAUACUGUAACAAACUUCGUACAGAGUUCGGUCUAUUAAUUGUUUCAUGUUAGAUAUUCUAUGUGUUUACCUCAAUUGAAAAAAAAAAGAAUGUUUUUGCUAGUAUCAGAUCUGCUGUGGAAUUGGUAUUGUAUGUCCAUGAAUUCUUCUUUUCUCAGCACGUGUUCCUCACUAGAAGAAAAUGCUGUUACCUUUAAGCUUUGUCAAAUUUACAUUAAAAUACUUGUAUGAGGACUGUGACGUUAUGUUAAAAAGAAAAGGUGUUAAGUCACAAAAUGCGGUAAUAAAUAUUUCAUUUUUGA